AUGGACGGGCUCGUCGCCGAGCCGAUCUACCCCGACGGCGGGGUGGUGGCGGGCUGCUUCUCCGCCACGUACUGCCUGGCGGCCUACCUCAUCGAGGACCUCCGCCAGCAGCAGCUUGAGCACGUCGGCGUCGUGCUGGCGAUGCACGUCGACGACAUCAGCCAGGAGGUCGUCGGGGACUCGAUCCAGGAGGUCGUCACCACCCUGGUGGACGGAGCCCGCGAUCUCAAAGCGGCGCUGGAGGGCGACCUGGACAUGACACUGGCGGCGGCCAAGGGCACGCUCCUGGGCAGCUCGGACGAGGUCACCUCGGCCGCCCAGCUUGCGCUCCAGAGCCUCGGGCUGCCUGAGGCCGCCAGGCCAAGCGCGCGGCGCAGGCUGCGCAGCGCCGUCAACGCCUCGGUGCGGCACCUCGGCGUGGACUUCCGUGCUGGGAGGCGGCGGCGCGGGCCGCUCGGCAGGCCGGGCGUUGCCCAUCUCGCUGGGCCCGUUCGGCAGCGGCGGGUCGAGGCUGGCAGAGGCCGGUUGCGCAAGGCCCUGCGGGCCAUCAAGCAGGUGGCUGGCUGCAAGCGCAUAUGGCAUUCCGCCAUCGUGCCUGCGGCCGAACUCGGGGACCUGAGGGCGAGGGCAAAGGCGCUGGCUGGCCAUCCUUUCAUUGCCUCAGACAUCCUGGAGGCAGCGCUGCCAGGCUGGUCGCCCCUGGGGCGCGCGACGGUGCUCACCGUCGAGAGGUACGCCGAGGAGUGGUGGCGAGCCUCGGACGUGCGCCAACGAAACGGGCGCGUCCUCAGCCUCCCCGAGCUUCGUGGAGCGUACGAGGCGGCGGCGGCUAGCUUCGACGGGAAGCUCGGCGAGGCAGGCCCCGUGGGGGCCAUGCUCCGCAGUCUCCACUGGGCGGGGUGGACUUCCCCUUCAGCGACCUCUUUCAGGUCUCCCAGCGCGGGGGUGAUCAGCGUGCUGGAGACCUCGCCCAGACAGCUGGGCCGCAUUUUCAAGCUCGACGUGCUGGCGCAGAUCGAGCUGCGGGCCGACGAGGCUAUCAGGCACCGUUUCAACCUCGGCGCGGACUUCGAUGGCAUCUGGUGGGAGGGAGUCCAGGCGGCCCUCAAGGGGAGCUACUGCAGCGCCUUGGAACGCCACGUGAUCGUCUCGUUGCUGGGCGGCACGUACUUGACGGGCGAGCGGGCCCGCGACCUCGGCUACCUUGUGGACGGCAUGUGCGCGACCUGCGGGGUGCCAGACACCGUCGCCCAUCGCGUCGGAUGCUGCCCGCGCUUCGCGGCGGGCCGGGCGGCGGAGACUGGCUGGCAUGGCGAUCUUGAGGCCGGCCGCUCGCUCUGUGACACGGUUUUGCUGGACCUGUGCCUGCCUUCGCCUCCGCCGCGGCUGCCAGAGCCGCCUCGUGGAGAAAUGCGCGCUUUCAUCGGAGAGCGCGAGGUGCCAGUCAAAGUUUUUGUUUUUGUGCCAGGCGAGAAGAUAGCGGGAGAUGGGUCUUGCUCCACCUCUCCUCUUACCUCCCUCGUGCGGGCGGGUUGGGACGUCGUCCAGUGGGAUGCUGUGCAGGGCGUCCUGCACAUGAUCAUCGGCUCGAUCCCUUCACGG